ACUCAUGCGCAAUCGGUCAAUGAUAUUACUUCCGCCAAUUCCCUCCCUAUGAAUUGCAAACAGAGUUCCUAGAAGAAUACGGUGAAAAUGGCACGGGAAUAUGACCAUUUAUUCAAAUUGUUGAUUAUAGGUGACAGUGGUGUGGGUAAAUCAAGCUUAUUAUUAAGAUUUGCUGAUAAUACUUUCUCAGGAACAUAUAUAACAACAAUUGGAGUUGAUUUUAAAAUACGAACUGUUGAUGUAAGCGGUGAGAAAGUGAAACUACAAAUAUGGGACACGGCAGGACAAGAAAGAUUCCGUACGAUAACUUCCACGUAUUAUCGAGGAACACAUGGUGUUAUUGUAGUAUAUGAUGUAUCCAGUGGAGAAUCUUUUGCUAAUGUAAAAAGAUGGUUACAUGAAAUUGAUCAAAAUUGUGAUGUAGUCAACAGAAUUUUAGUUGGUAAUAAGGAUGAUGAUCCUGAUAGGAAAGUUGUCUUAACUCAUGAUGCACAGAGAUUUGCUGAUCAAAUGUCUAUACAGUUAUUUGAAACCAGUGCUAAAGAAAAUAAAAAUGUCGAAGAAAUGUUUUUAGCAAUAACAAAAAUAGUUUUACAAUCCAAAAAGGAACAACAAAAAAAAGCUGCGGAUCAACCUCAGACGAUAAAACUAGACAGCGGACACAAGGGCAAAAAGAAAAAGUGUUGUUAAUAGAAUUAGAUAGUCUUUUAUUUGAUGUCAAUAAAUCAUACAGAAAUUUUUAUAUGACAUUAUCAUGUACAUACACAGUUCUAUACAUCACAAUUACUAUUUAUUACUCAACAACGACUUUAGAACAUAAGGUCUGUCAUUGAGUUAAGUGGCAUAGGUUUGAUUCAUGGCUUGUACAUGACAAGGAGUAGGGUUGCCUGUCCAAUCUAGUGGUCUUUCUCUGUAUUCCGGUUUCCUCCCACUGCUAAAGAAAGACCCCUACGGUCAAGCGAAUUAUUGAAAUAAAAUUGAACCAUAUGUUAGUCCCGAAAUGACCUAGUGUGUGUCAACGGGAACUUUAAACCCAAUCUCUCUCUCUCUUUCUAUAAACAUUAAGUUUGUUUUUAUAACUGUAUUUUUUCUGUUGGACAUCUUGGAUUGAAAUGAAUUAUAUAAUUAAUUCCAUGAGUGGUUUGUGUAUUUCAUGUGCACGCUGUACCAUAAAGUCUGUCAUUGAGUCAACUGGCGUGGUUUCGAUUCCCCAUUUGUACGUGACAAGGAGUAGGGUAGCCUGUCCAAUCUCGUUUGUUUUUUUCGGGCCCUCCGGUUUCCUCCCACUGUUAAAGACCCCUACGCGCAAGCGAAUUAUGGAAAUAAAUUUGAACCAUAUGUUAGUCCUGAAAUGACCUAGUUUGUGUCGAGUGGACGUUAAACUCCAUUUCUCUCUCUCUCUCCCCAGUUGUACAUGACAAGGAGUAGGGUCGUCUGUCCAACCUGGUGGGUUUUUCUCUGGGCCCUCUGGUUUCCACCCACUGCUAAAGACCCCUACAUGCAAGCGAAUUAUGGAAAUAAAAUUGAACCAUAUGUUAGUCCCGAAAUGACCUAGUUUGUGUCGAGUGGACGUUAAACCCCAUUUCUCUCUCUCUCUCUGUUUGUGUAUUUAUAUUUUUUUUCAACAUAAAAUAGCCUCUAACGUUAUAUGUUCAUUAUUUGAAUAUAAUAUCCAAUUGUCUAUGGUUUUAUCAACGCUAAAAUGUAAUCAAAUUGAUUAUUUAACGUUUAAUUAAGAAAUCAAAAUACAAACGCUAGAUAAUCUCCUGGGUUGGUAUUAAUCUGAUUCAAAUACAGAGCUUUUUUUCGUUUCGUUUUUUUAUACUUUCGAUGGCCUCUACUACAUGAAGAUCUGACCAGUUGUAGUGGAAGGUCACAUCAGGUGUCAUACAAGCAACUUUUGACCUUACGACGUCAGGCAUUGAUUAACCAAUCAGCGUUGACGUUUCUAGUGAUUUACCCAAAGUUUUGUGCACCUUGCGCCCAAAAACUCGCCAUAACAGACCAUUUCAUUGGCUAAUCCCUUACAUCAUCCAGAACGUGGGUUAUAUAACAAAUCUUCCAGGUCUUAGUGUAGUAAAGACAAGUAAAACGAAAUUUUGAACUAUUAAAAAAAAAAAUGAAAUAGGAUCUGUGUUUUAAUCAGAUUGUUUAGAAAUUCAACUUUCGCAAUAUUGUAUUUUAAAAUUGAUGCAAACUCACUCAAAUAAUCAUCACCUACUUUAACCCUUAACCGGUCAUUGUCGACUAUAAUCACCACAACCUUAUACAGCUAAGUGGUCGACCACAGCAAGAAUCUUUUUUAUAAGCCGCAUUUGAGUAUUUAGUUUCGUAUUUAAUUGAUAUGGCUAUGCAUACGUGUCAGACAGGAACUUGUCUUGUCAAGGGCAUUGAGAAAAACAUGUCUUUGUUCAACAUUUUUUGACAAAAAACGUAAUUUAAGGAUGUCGGGAAGGUUAAAGACUCUCGAAGUGGUUGAAAUGCUUAUGAAUGAUUCCGACUCGGAUUAUAUCGAUGACAACGAUUCUAAAGACGAUAUUUCUGAUGAAAAUGAUUUAGAAUGAUUUGCAAAUUAUAGAUCAACAUUUUUAUUGGUGUCAAGAGUCUUAUCACUUAUAAUUAUCCGGCAGUAGUCGAUUGAAAUAGGCAUACAAAAUAUUUCACUUCAGCCUUUAUUUAGCCUGACCAUUUGACGUCCUGACGUUGACCGGUUAAGGGUUAAAAAUAAAUAUUUUUUAUAUUGAAUUUAAUAAUCGGGUUUAUGUCAAAAUCGACUCAAUUUACAGUUUGUAAAAAUUCUUAUUGUACAAAUAUAUAUAACUUGCUGUAUUGUGUUUUAUUUUAAACGAUAACCCAUUCAUAAAACAAUUCCUGUUCAUAUCAAAGAGAUUGUAUCCUAUUGACGAGAAGUUGGCAGUUAGGAUCGCACCAAGAUGAUUUCUGACUUUGAAAUACACAAAAAUUAUUUUGAUGAAUUACGAUGCGUUGUUUACGAUAAUAAUAUAUAUAAACAAAAAUGUCGAAAUGGGCUAAAAAUAUAAAAAUUAGUUUGCUUUGUUUUUCAAACCUGAAAUUUUAUCUUUCGGGUUAUGUUGUUAAAAAGAUACUUUUAGCCAAUUUUAACAUUAUCGUUCAUAUCAUAUCAGACUUGCUAUAUGGUUCGUAAACAGCUUGGUUGAAAUCACUGGUUGGUUAAAAUGUUGCUUUUAUGGGUUAAAUAUAACAAGCUUAGUUAAUUCUCUGGUUGGUUGAAAUGUUUUCAGAUUAUUACCAGGUGAAUCAAUCAAAUUUUGUAUGUCACAUUAUGGGUCGCCUGUCCAACCUCGUGGGUUUGCUCUGGGUCCUCCGGUUUCCUCCCACUGUUAAAGACCCCUAUGCACAAGCAAAUUAUUGAAAUAAAAUUUAACCAUGUUAGUCCCAAAAUGACCUGGUUUGUGUUGAGUGGAUGUUAAACCCCAUUUCCCUCCCUCUCUCUCUCUCUCCAUUAAAGAUGAGAAACAUCGAUUAUCUCCCUUUAUCUCAUCAUAUCUGAGAAGGCCACUGAAUUUACGUAUAUUUAUAAAUCGUACGACAGGAUACGUUUAAUUAAAAACACUUAUAUGUAUAUGCUACUUCUGAAUUAUUUGCUUGAUAACGAUAUCUGUAUGUGUAUCGAAACGUAACAUGUUAAUAAAUUCAGAAGUAGUAUAUUCAUAUAAGUGUUUUUAAUUUGUGAAAUCUACUUCUAUAUGUUUUAUAAGGAUUAGGAUAUGUUUAGGUCGAAAAUUUAACAAAAAACCUGUAAUAUCGUCGGAAGUGCCAAACAUGAUAUGAACUCUGCUAGCAGUAUUUAAAACCUUAUCUAAUGGGAACAUACACUGUAAUCUUGUGUAUUUAGUAUUAAUUUCUUUCACAUUUAUUCAUUAUCAAAUCCUUGCUGAAAAAUUUAAUAUCACCAAAUUCAUUUAAUUUAUACCUGAUGUCCUGUUUAAAGCUGAUCAUUCAAUUUUGAUAAUGAGUGUCCAAUUUACAAGUUUUUAAUUUCACAAUCACUGCUAAAAAAUAAACAAAUCAAUUGAUUAAUGAUAUAUAAUGAUUAAUUUUUGAACAGUGGUCAGGAGAUUAAAUACUUGUAAAUUGAACACUUAUUAUCAAAAUUAAUCAAAACUUUAAACUGGACAAAUUAGAUGAUUUUAAAUGAUUCUUACAAAAUUUUAAACAAAGAUUUGAUAUUAAACGAAUAUGAAAGAAAUUAGUGCUAGAUACCCAAGAUUAAAUGAUACCCGGGUUACAGUGUAUUAUCUAAUGGGAACAUAGGCCAUAAUUAUUAUAGAUAUCAAUUUAUUUUAUUUACUGAGACUCAUUUACAUUAUAUGACGUAAUUUACAUACUUGGAUGUUCUUCCAAUAUGACCAUCAAAUCAUAUUUAUAGAUUUUUAUAUAUGCUGUGUUAUGUCGUCUCCUGUUAUUGAUUUUCAGUGCUCAGUGACCUUUCCAGAAUUGUCGCCCCCUUUUCCUGUUUUCGUGAUAUUGAAUUAUUGGAAUCACGUGAGGACGAGGCAGAUCGUUUUUGAGUGUUCCGCAACCAGAAUAAACCCUGUUGAUUUUCAGCAAUCUAAUAUUAUCUGUUACAGAGAUAAAUUAUUUGUCCGGGAAAGAUUGUUAACACAAUCCAGAUUAGAGUUCUUAAAGAUACAUUAGUUAAGAGUUUAAUAAAGAGUUGGUCAUUCUUGCUAUAAUAAUUCAAAACUAGAUGAUAAAAAAAGAAAAUAUUGAAAAUUCCAUUCAAAUUACUUCAUUCUCAGCCAAGUUAUCACUGUUUGUAGUGUUGACAAGAUGUGUGCAUAGUGGUAACCAGGGCACUGGUAUAUUCGCUUUCCCGAUUUUAAAUUAAAUUUUUAAAUGGCAAACCGUUUUAAUCUAGUUACAAUCUAGAGUAUCCGAUGCCAUCGAGAGUUGAUUAUGGUCUUGUUUUGUUCAUAAAUGUGUAAUUAAUAGUUUAUAUAACAUGUCAGGCCUAAAGAAAAACCUGCAAUAGGCAGAUUUACCUCUUGCUUAGUGUAUGUUUAAGCUAUGCUAAAUCCUUAUUCAAUUUGAUCAAAAUCCAAGUUUUCCUUUCAGACACGGCAGCUGUGGGAGCGUAUUUCUUAAUAAUAAAAUUUUUAAAGGUAGCCAAUAUAUAUAUCCCAUAAAAUUUUUGAGUUAAUAAAAUAAGUUCCUGUUUGUCAUGAAUAUAGACUAUAAUAAGGUUUAUAGUUUGAUGUAAAUAAAUAAAUGAAAUAAUUGUAUAGUUCAAUCAUGAUAGUAAAUAUACAACAUUUGAAUCCUGUAUAUUAUAGAAUUAUUCAGUAUAGAUAAUCAUGUAUAUUAUUAUAGAAUUAUUCCCGUAUAGAAUGAAAAAAAACCUUAAAUAAAUGCUUCUUUUUUUAUAA